GAAAGGAAGUCCCUCUCAAGGCGGAGGUCUGGCGGGUGGUGUCGUGCUUCUUCUCAAUAUUUGGAAGGAAAGAGCAACUUGAAGGCUUCGUCCUGUGCUUGGGUGGGCCCAAUUUCGACCAGCGCUCGACUGGCGCUGAAAUCGGCAAAAAGAAUUACGAAUAGAAGUCAGAGUCAGUCUCGGAGGAUGCUUUCAUCAUCUGACUCAUCUGAUAAGGAUAAGGAUAAGGAUAUUAAGGAUAUAAUUAAGGAUGUUAAGGAUAAGGAUAUUAAGGAUAUAAUUAAGGAUGUUAAGGAUAAGGAUAAGGAUAAGGAUGUGAAGGAUAAGGAUAAGGAUGUUAAGGAUGUGAAGGAUGUGAAGGAUAAGGAUAAGGAUGUGAAGUAUAAGGAUAAGGAUGUGAAGGAUAAGGAUAAGGAUGUUAAGGAUAUUAAGGAUAUGAAGAAUAUUAAGGAUAUUAUGGAUAAUAAGACAGCGAUGACAGGCAUAACAGAGUUGCCAGUCGAAAUUCUGGGCCUGGUGCUUGGUCGAGUCGGGAUCCCAGCGCAGGUCGGAAAGUCGGCGACCGUCUGCUCGUUGUUCGCGAAUGCGGCGCGCUGCCAUCUGACGUGGCAAUCGCUCUUACACCCUGCAUUUUACAAAAUUUUCGAACCCCAUCACUUAGCUCUAAGGGAGAGAGAGGGAGGGGGGGAGAGAGGGGGAGGGGGAGAGAGAGAGGGAGGGGGAGAGAGAGAGGAAGAAAGUGCGGAAGCCGUGAUCGACGCUAAGGAACGUGUCAGUCUUUCUCGCCGAAGCAACAGGAUGUCUUAUCGGUGCGAGAGAGAGGAAGAGGAGGAAGAGAGAGAGGAGGAGGAGCAGGGAGAAAGAGAGACCGAGGAGGCAGAGAGAGCGGAGGAGGAGGAGGAGGGGCGGGGGAACCGAGGAGAGGAUCCACAAGAUUGCCAAGUACACCCCCUAGUUAGUUCUUGUACAACCAGGAGCAGCAGCAGCAGCAGCAAGAGCAGCGACACCGUGACGAUGCACUCCAAUCAACGGCCAAGGGAAGGAGAGAGAGAGGGAGAGAGAGAGGCAGAGAGAGAGCGAGAAAGAGAGGGAGAGAGUGGGGGAGAUGCAGAUGGAGGAGGAGGCUUGAUCGGCGUUCAGAGCGAUGGAGUGCUUAUGACCUCCAGCCGCCGUCUUCGCCGCCGUUGCAGCAGGACUGAUCAACAACUUGGAGAGCGGAGUCCAAUGCGAGCGAGAGCGGGAGAUAGGAGGAAGGAGGGAGGUGUUCUCCACGGCCAUGAAGUUGGCAGCAGAGCCAGCACCAGCAACAGCACCACCACCACCACCACGACCACCAGCAGUGGCAGUAUGACCUGUUAUCGUCGGCUAAGAGAGGGAUUCUUCGAUCAGGAAAAUAGAUACAUCCACUACAAACUCGACACGUGGACAGGUUCCAUAUCAGCGAGCUUCUCAGCUAUGGCGAUGGAUAUUGGCAGGGAGUCCCCGCCGGUCUGGAGCCGCCUUUCGACAAGCGGCAGUGUUUUCGAGGGGGCUGUCAAGAUUAGAUGGAGGGCCGUGGUGAACGGACACGUGUCAUGCGCUCUGCCAGCUGGCAGGUAUAGCUGCUCGUGGAGAUUAUGUGUGGCACCCCUUCAUAUGGGCCCAAAGUCUGGACUGGGCCUCCGAUCCCUGCACCUGGACCGAAGUACCCGUGUGAUUCAUUAUCGGAGUAGAGUGGAAGUUGGAUCGGCGCCGGGACUGGAUUCUGCUGGUGCACCUUGGCCCCGACCUGACCCCAAAUCCAAAUCUAGGCCUGGAUCCCAACCAGGGCCUGCAUCCCAACCUGCACCUGGAGCCGAGCUUGGUGCACCUGGAGCCGAACUUGGGCCUGAGUCCGAACGUGCACCUGGACCCGAACCUGGGCCUGAAUCCGAACCUGCACCUGGAGCCGAACUCGGUCCUGAAUCCGAACCUGGGCCUGGAUCUGACCCUCCAUCUGGACUACAUUCCGUAAUAGGAAUGGUCGUUGAGCAUUCGCCAAUUGUCAACGGCAGUCUUCCAGUAUAUCCGUUUUGGACUGAGCGAGAAGCAGGGACCAUACACGUGGCUCGCUCCCAUGCCGUUGAUCGUGAUGAGCGGCACAGAUCUAACGGGCAAGGAUUGCUACCAACAGCGAUUCGAUUGCGCUUAGAGAUUACUGUUCCUGAGGAACUCAUCAUUGACAGCUUCGUCCUUCGCUCUGUAACAGGGUGAUAAAAAGGAAAGAAAAAGAAAGGAAAGGAAGGAAGAAAACGGGAAAAGAAACAAGGAAAGAAUAGUUAUGGGGAAGAGACGGAGAGGUGCAGAUGCAGGGGAGCCACAGAGGCAGAGGAGAAGAGGAAGAAUGACAUCCGUCUGUCUCUGUCUCUCAGUCCGUGUCUCAGUCCCUGUCUCAGUCCCUGUCUCAGUCCCAGUCUCACACGGUGUCUUUGUCUUUCUGUCCUUCCCCCUACAUUCUCCGACUCUA